UCUUUAUCUCCAAUAACUCCCUUUUUCCAAACGUCCCGGUAACUUUUAUGCCAAAGAUACCACUAAACGUUUUAGCAACGCUGCCACGUAAGCUUGGGCCUGCUCCAAAGCGGCUUCCUGUAGGAUUCAGGCCAACUGAAGCAGACGCGCGUUCAUUAUAUCGUCAACUGUGGCGUACAGGUAGUUUGUCCGUUAUGUAUACAAACCCUGGAACAAAGGUUAUCCGGCAAAAGUUAAGAGAGGCCUUUGAAGAAGCACAGCAAAAGCCAAAGACAAUUGAUGCUGAUAUUAGGCAGCAAUGGGAGCGAGCCUAUAAUACUAGGUUUUUUUUCGAGAUUGCCUCCACUCGCUUCGGGGUGGAGCAUUCGGUGAUUAGCAACAUUACGAGAAUAGCAGCAGAGAACAGUUCGGGACCGACCCACAUGCAAAAGUCAAGUAUGCGGCAAGCGCAGAAGGAGAUUGAUAAAGAGUAUAACAAAGUUAUAUCCGCUCUGAACGAGUCUAUGGGUCUCAGCUUGCGGUGAACUGCUCAGACGACCAGACGAUAGAGCAUAGCUAAUUAUUAAUGUUGACACCUGUGGCUUUUUUAAAUGGCAG